AUGACUGCAGAGUUCCAGAUAGAUGUAUGUCAGGUUGAUGUUGACAUGGAAUUCUGGGACAAUGACUGGGGAGCUCUGAAGGGGUUGACUUUGGUAACAGUGGAAUUUUGGUGUUGGCAUCCCUAUUUUGGCCUCAGGGAGUAUACCACUCCCUACACCUCCCAGGGUCUUCGAAUGCUGACUGUCCUUGGUCAGAGAUUCUCACUUCCUUUGCCAAUCACCAUGCAAGCUUACUCUGUCAAUGAUGUACCCCCUGUGUUCAGCAUGAGGGACCAGGCAACCAUGGUGCUCACUGCAGCUCUAGGGCAUGUCUGGGACCUGAUCAAGGCAGCACCACAGCCAGAGGAGAGUUUGGAGACCAUCUAUGUGUGGGUAGAGGACUGGGACAAGACAUGGGUGCAUAAACCUUCCAUGGUAGCCAGCAUUUGCUCAUGGUGGAGAUACAUCAAUGACAAUGGAAUUUCUGUACCAAAGGUUUGUGAUGAGUGCAUGUGUGACUACACUGAGGAAUCUGUGAUGUGCCAAAACCUUCUAGUCCCAGGUGCAAUUGCCAUCACUGACCUCCAGUGCCCAGUGGAGCAGAGAUGGAUCCAUAUCGAUGACAUCUUCAAAGACUACCAGGAGAGGGUAGAGUUGAGGGCACAGCUCAAGGCAGAGAGGUUGACAAGAGAUCCUUCUAUGCACAUGCACAGACAGGCAGCAAUGGCAAUUGGUGAAGGUCAAGGCUGUGUGCCCAGUGACACUGGAGCAGGGGAGUCUUCAAGGGGGACUGGAGGACAAGGGAGGCAACAGACAGAUAGUACAGGCAAGGGGAAGUGUAAGGAAAAGGCCACAGACAAAGUUGACAAGCUGGAGAAUGAUGAAGGUGACUGCCCACCUAACCCAGACCCAUCAAAAACUGGUGCUCUGGCACCUGAAGCCAACCUUCCAUGCAGGGAGUGUGCAAAUGUAGAUGCAGAGUGCAAAGGGCUACCUGGGGAGUCAUGUGAGCAAUGCAGGCAGGCUAAACAGAAGUGCAGCUGGUCACUCAGAGUGGGUAGGAAGUGCAAGAAUGCUGGUAGUGGAGAGACAGCUACUGGGCUGUCACACAAAUGGACCAAGUCAGUGACAGUGACAACCAAAACUCCAGCAACAACUGGGCUGAAACUUUGA